AUGGCUCACUCCAGCCUGGAGCACCAGUCGACAAAGCGCCAAAAAACCAGCUCCGUUGUGAAAGCUGUGCCUGCGGCGAACCGAGGCUCGACCAUCUUUGCACCCUUUCGCACCAUUGGUCUCGUCUCCCCCACCAGCGUGCCCUUCGCGUCCAUCCCCCUUGGCAAGACCACCUUCCAGAUCACCACGUCCGUCGGCCGCUCCCUCCAGACAUACGACUUGAAGCGCGGCCUCAACUUGGUCUUCGUCACGCGUCCGCAGACCCCCACCGAUAUCACAGCCACAUAUGCCUGGAAGGAGAAGGUCUUCGCCGCCUGGGGUGACCCGCGCAAUGCUGAACCCCACGGCCUCUGGGCCUUCCAGCGCGGCAAGAAGGCCGUCGAGCUCCAGCUGCCUGCCGACCUGGAUCAGCCCAUCCGCCAGAUCCUCAUCUUCGGCUCCUGGAUUAUUGGCUGUGCGCUGACGAGGAUAGAAGUGUGGAAGUCGGCCACCUCUGAGCACUACACCACCAUCUUCCCCUCUGCUACGAAAAAGGGGGACAAUGAUUUGACCGGCGGCGUCUGCAACAUGCCCACCUUCCUCAACAAAAUUUUCGUUGGCCGCGCUGAUGGCUGGGUUGAGAUUUGGAAUGUCAGCACCGGCAAACUCAUCUACACCAUACUCCCGCCCUCGCCAAACUGCGGGGCCGUCACCUGCAUGGAGCCCUCCCCGGCCCUGUCCAUGCUGGCUAUUGCCUAUUCCGAGGGCCCACUGGUCAUACAAAACGUACUUACCGACAGACCUGCUUUGCGACUGCAUGCAGGCACAAGCGACGCGCCCGUCACAUCCAUCUCGUUUCGGAGCGAUGGCCUCGGAGCCGGCCAGGACGGUCGUGAAGACGGCGUCAUGGCCACCGCAACCAGCGUCGGCGGCGAUGUGACACUAUGGGACCUUAACAAGGGAGGGAGGAUAAUGGGCGUCCUCCGCAGCGCACACAACCCCCCAUCACAUGCCGGUGUUCGCGGGGGCAUCAGCAAGGUCGAGUUCCUCCCGGGGCAACCGGUGAUCAUGACGAGCGGGCUCGAUAAUUCGCUCAAGUCGUGGAUCUUUGACGAGGCGCCAUUUUCUCCCGUGCCGCGCAUCUUGCACACACGGAGCGGCCACGCCGGCCCCGUCAACUGCCUUCAGUUCUUGCCGACCGACUUUGAUGGUCCCGAAGCUGGGAAUAAGUGGCUGCUCAGCGGUGGAAAGGACAGGAGUUUAUGGGGAUGGAGUCUACGCCGCGAUGGGCAGAGCACGGAACUGAGCCAAGGCAACAUCCGCAAGAAGGCCAAGAAAAUUGGCAUUUUGGCGAGCACCUCAAUGGGCCACGGGCCAUCUACAACUCUGGACGACCUCAAAGCUCCCGAGAUCACCUGCAUUGCUUCGUCGCUAAACCGCGAUGGCGGUAUGGGCGCCAUUCCGGGUAAGCAGGCUAUAUGGGGCAAGGGAGACGACAAGACCAAGCCUUCAAAUGCCGAGCUCAGCGGAAUGACUGGUUGGGAAAGCGUUGUUACGGCUCAUAAGGACGACCCGUGGGCUCGCACUUGGUUCUGGGGCAGGAAAAGGGCUGGCCGGUGGGCUUUCAAGACUGGCGACGGAGAAAAUGUGUCAACGGUUGCCAUCAGCCCCUGCGGCAGCUUUGCUCUGGUCGGGUCUGCUGGAGGAAGCUUGGACAUGUUCAACCUGCAGUCUGGGCGGCACCGGCGACGGUUCCCCUCGAGACUGACUCCCGCACAGUUACGGCAGGUAAAAAUGCAGCAGCUGAAAGCGCUCGACACCGUCACUCUACUCCACGAGCGGUCUAAAGCUUCGUUUACCCCGGGGUCCGGGAAGCACACGCGAGCCGUGACAGGCAUCGUCGUCGACUCGCUCAACAGAUUUGUAAUAUCGUGCUCGCUGGACGGAACAAUCAAGUUCUGGGACUUUGUCACAGGAAACCUGGUUGACGAGAUUGACUGGGCACCCAUGACACAGAUCACCGGAUGUCGCUUCCACGCGGCCAACGACCUCAUCGCCUUUUCGUGCGAUGAUAACUCGAUUCGCGUAGUUGACAUCGAGACAAAGCGGACAAUCAGAGAGUUCUGGGGCUGCCGCGAUACCAUCAACGACUUCUGCUUCUCCAACGACGGCCGAUGGGUUGUCGCCGCCUCCCAGGACUCCAUCAUACGCGUCUGGGACCUGCCAACCAGCCAUCUGAUCGACGCCUUUCGUCUUGAGAAGCCGUGCACGGCGUUGGCCUUUUCGACCACUGGCGAGUACCUGGCCGGGUCAACGCAGGGCGAGCUCGGUGUGCACCUCUGGACAAACCGGACACUCUUCAAACACGUCCCCACGCGCCAGCUCUCCGAGGCCGAGAUUGGCAGCGUCGCCGAGCCCACAGCAUCGGGCGAGGGCGGCCAAGGCCUUCUCGAAGCGGCCUUUGACGAGGACGCGGCGCGCGAGGGUGAGGAGGACGACGGCGUUAUCGCGGCCCCGGCCCUCGAGCAGCUCAGCGCCGACAUGAUGACGCUUAGUUUGGUUCCUAAGAGCAGGUGGCAGACCCUGCUGCACAUUGACCUCAUUAAGCAGCGCAAUAAGCCCAAGGAGCGGCCCAAGGCUCCCGAAAAGGCCCCCUUCUUUCUGCCCUCGGUCGGCGGCGCGGGGAGUGGCGGCCUGCUCCCAGCGCCCGCAGAGCCAGGCGAGAGCAGAGUCGAUGGCUCCGCUUCCAGGGUCACACAGCUCGACCGCGCCCGCGGCGAGCAGACCUUCAGCGCCAAGCUCUCGGCCGGCGCAGCGUCUGGAGACUACAACGACUUCAUAGAACACCUCAAAUCCCUCGGCCCAUCGGCCGCCGACCUCGAGCUGCGGUCCCUGUCCAUCGGCGACGGCUCGGACAGCGACACCAACGAGCUGCUGCAGUUCAUUCGCGCCCUGACGGGCCGCCUCGUCGCCCGCCGCGACUACGAGCUCACCCAGGCCUGGAUGACCGUGUUCCUGCGCCUGAACUACGACCUAGUCAUGGCCAACGAGAGCCUCCUCGACGAGUUGCGCCUGUGGCGCGAGCACCAGGCCCGCGAGCGCGACAGGCUAGAUGCUCUGGUGGGCUACUGCAGUGGUGUGGUAGGGUUCCUCAGGAGUCCGCGGACUUAG